AUGGGCUCGAUCGAUGCAGCCGAGCUUCCGGCAACUAAUACCUCUUCAAUAACAUCUGCUCUCGCUGCAGCUCAAGAGGCCUACACAACAGCUCAUCCACGCUCACGAAAAUCUCACCAGGAUGCCUGCAAGUACAUGCCAGGCGGUAACACACGGACUGUUCUUCACACAAGCCCAUUCCCGCUUACUAUACACUCCGCACAGUCGUGUUAUCUGACUACUGCUGACGGACACCAAUAUGUAGACUUCCUCGGUGAAUAUACAGCAGGUAUCUAUGGACAUAAUUCGCCCAUCAUCCGUACCGCUGUCGAGAAGGCGCUGGAUGACGGCUGGAAUUACGGUGCACACAGCCAAUCCGAGCAGGAGCUUGCCAGGAUCCUGUGCUCGAGAUUUGCAGGUAUUGAGCUUGUCAGAUUUGUGAACUCAGGUACUGAGGCUAACAUGAUGGCACUUGCUACAGCCAUUGCUGUUGCUAAGCAAUACGGUGAUUAUAAGAAGGGCGUCCUGCUCUUCGAGAAGGGCUACCAUGGCAGUACGAUCUCAGGUCGAGCACCCUCUGGCAAGCCAAGCAUUAACCUACCUCACGACUUUAUUGUGGGACAGUACAACGAUGUCGAAGGUGUCAAGCGCCUUGUCUCGUCAAUACCCGAAGAUUCCCUGGCCGCCAUUCUGGUUGAACCUAUGCUCGGCAGCGGUGGUUGUUUUGCCGCUACCAAUGAAUUUCUCCAGACCCUUCGUGACUUGGCGACACAGCAUAGAGCCAUCCUCAUUUUCGACGAGGUCAUGUCUUCACGCUUGUCAUAUCACGGUUUCGGUAGCAUAUACGGUGUACUCCCCGAUCUAACUACACUGGGCAAGUACCUAGGAGGUGGCAUGUCGUUUGGAGCUUUCGGUGGUCGAGCAGACCUCAUGUCUCUUUAUGAUCCACGGCAAGGUCAGCUGGAACAUCCGGGCACUUUCAACAACAACGUUUUCACUAUGCAGGCGGGGAUAGCUGGUGCCAGCAUCCUGACACCUGAGCGCUUACAUGCCUUGAACAGCCUCGGUGACUUGAUGCGUUUGGAGGUGGAAAAGCUUCUGGCUCAUCACCUGCCGUCGGGGUUUGGAAUCGUGCCAAGCGCACCUCUUACAGACUCUUCUCCCCACGAUCCCACUAAAGCCCAUCCCAGGAGGCCACCGAAAAUGUUCAUCAAGGGGGUGGGUAGUCUGAUGUGCGUACACUUUGCCGGACCGAAUAGAGAAUCUUUGCAGGGCUUGUUCUGGCAUCAUAUGCUUGAGCACGGUAUUUACAUGGCCCAGAGAGGCUUCAUUGCGCUGAGCAUUGAGAUUACUGAUGCCCACGUAUCUCAGUUCGUUGCUGGAGUCGAAUCCUUCCUUCGACAAUGGAGUUCCAUGUUGAGGUGGUGA